GAGGGCAGUCGUGCUCCGCUUCGUUCGCACCAAAGAAGUGACGAAGACGCUUCGGGUCUGCCACUUGACUCAGUCAACGUCACAGAUUGAAAAUUAAAAGGAAAAUAAGAAAAAAGAAUCCCACCAUUUAUCGGAAGCAGAAGCAACUCUGUAAUGGAUGUCACAAGAGCAGGUAAAGGGGAGCCGGGAUUGCAGAAUCCCGCCGGGCCCACGGACAAACCAAACUUGCAUGCGUUGGAAAGCAUGCUUCCCAAAGCGGUAAAAAGGCGAGUGCACGCCUUGAAAAGGCUCCAGCUUCAGUGCGUCAACAUCGAAUCCAAGUUUUACGAGGAAGUUCACGAACUGGAGAGGAAGUACGCUGCCAUCUGUAGGCCGUUAUACGACAAGAGAAGAGAUAUCGUCACGGCCGCAGUGGAACCCACAGACGCCGAGUGCGAGUGGAACAGCGAUAAAGACGAAGAGGACGAGCUGUCCGACCAGAUCAAGAAAAUAAUAGCAAUCGACACCAAGAUGGAGGAUUCCCCAUCAGUGGAAGACCCGAAAGGCAUCCCGGACUUCUGGCUCACUAUAUUUCGCAACGCGGACAUGCUAACCGACAUGAUCCAAGAACACGACGAGCCCAUCCUCAAGCACCUCAAAGAUAUCCAAGUCAAGUUUUCCGAACCGAACCACCCCAUGAGUUUCACACUAGAGUUCUACUUCGAGCCCAACAGCUUCUUCAGCAACACCGUGCUCACUAAAGUCUACAAGAUGAAGGCGGAACCCGACACUUCGGAGCCAUUCUCCUUCGAAGGGCCGGAGAUCGUCGACUGUGUCGGCUGCACGAUCGAUUGGCACAAGGGCAAAGACGUGACCGUGAAGACCAUUAGGAAGAAGCAGAAGCACAAAGGUCGGGGCACGGUCCGUACCGUCACCAAACAAGUUCCCAACCCUUCCUUUUUCAACUUCUUCAACCCUGUCAAAGCUUCACCAGACGGUGCCGAACUGGACGAAGACUCGGAGCUAACGUUCGACUUCGAGGUCGGUCAUUUCUUCCGCGAGAGAAUCAUCCCGCGAGCUGUUCUGUACUUCACCGGAGAGGCCAUGGAAGACGACGAGAGCUUUGAUGAGGAACUAGAAGAAGGAGACGAGGAGCAAGAUGACGACGACGAUGACGAUGAAGACGACGACGAUGAUGACGACGACGACGAUGGAGACUUUGAUCCGAGGCAUUGCUGAGCUCGCACGUCAUUUUCUAAAAGGCCUUAACAAUCAUGCCUUUGUAGAAAGAAACCCCCGCCCAGCCCGCCGAAUGCAAGCAGCAGUAACCGUGGACACGGUGGACCUGCCGUCCUUCAAUUCAGCCAAUCAGCGACACCCCCCUCCCCCACACUCUCCCUAAAAUUCAAAACUAAUAAUUCACCAUCUAUGAACGGUCAUCCCAACUCAAUCGGAUACAAAUCCAACUGCAUUAUUUUCUUGCAAUGUGCAUGACUUUUUUUUUUUUUUUUUUGUCGCCACCUUUUGCCAAAAGGUGGAAUUGAGCAUGACUGCCAGGGGUUUGUAACGAAGCCCUUGAUGCCUGAAUUGAGAUUCAAGUCAUUAGCUGUCAUUGACGGCUAUAGACGUCCAACCAGUCAAAUUGGGAGUGAAAUACAGUGGGGGGGAACAAGUAUUUGAUACACUGCCAAUAGGUUUUCCCAUUGGCAGUGUAUCAAAUACUUGUUCUCCCCACUGUACGUAGUGUGUAAAUAUGGUUAUAAUAAAAAUGCAGAGGAAAAAAAAAACAAAAAUUGGAAAUCUUGAAUUAAUAAAAUAAAAUAAAAAAAAUCUAAAUAUUGAAAAUAUGGAGAAAAAUAAAACUAAAAAAUUGGACAUGCUAAAUUAAUCAAAUAAAAAAUAGUAAAAAUAUAGGGGGGAAAAUGGAAAACCUAAAUUACAAAAAUAUAAAUAAAAAUAAUGGGGAAAAAAUACAAUUUUAAAAAAUUGGAAAUCCUAAGUUAAAAUCUAAAUAUUAAAUAUAUAGAUAAAAAUAAAAACAACUAAAACAUCCUAAAUUAAUAAAAUAAAAUAUUUUAAAAAAAAUAGAACUUAUAGAGGAAAACUUAAAAAACUGGGAAUCCUGAAGUAAAGAGAAAACAUGACAUAAAUAGAAAAUUAAAAAAAAAAAAAUAAGAAAUUGAUGGGAUUCAGUAAUUUCAAAAAUAUUUUUAAAAAAUGUCCCUCAUUUUGAGGAAUUUUCAAAUUUUAUUUUUUUUUCGCAAAAGAUCACUGUCAGCCCUCCCCAUCAAAAUGGAUUGGAGGUCUAUUGUCAAUGGCAGCCAAUGACGUAUACAUCAAAAAGCAUUAUGGGAAAAUAAUUCCAUAACAAGUAAUAGAUAAAAAAGAAAUUUAUUUGAAAAAAUACUACUAAAAAUUGGAAAUCCUAAAUUCAAAAUAGUAAUAAUUUAAAAUAAAUUUUAAAUGGAAAACAAAAUUAUAGAAUUCAAUAAUUAUUUAAAAAAAAAAAAAAAAAAAAGCAAUUUAUUAGUAAAUUCCUAAUUUCUAGAAAUGGAAUUUGUAAUUUAAUAAAAAUUGUAAUAGUUUAUGAAAAUGAAAAAUACAACUAAAAACGGGGAAAAUCCGAAAUGAAAAUGUAAAAAAGUGGAAAUUAAAAAUUUGGGAAAAUCACAUUAAAAAAAAAGCGGAAUUAUUGGAAUGAAAUAGUUUUUAAAAAUCCUAAAAUCCAACAUUUCAUUUUUGGUUUUUUAAAACUAUUACAAUAUGAAGUAUUUCUGUAUUGUUUUUUUUUUUUUUUUUUGAUAAAUGUAAAUUUAGGCAUGAAGGGCUUUGAACGCAACUCCAAAAUUAAAUUGUCAUAGAUCUGUUACUCAGGGUUUUUUAACAUCAACACCAGAAUUGUUAGCUUAGCUUUUGCUAGCAAGGCACUGAACAAAGUUAACCCCGCCUCCCUUUCCUUUUCUUACCGCGUAUGUUUCUGUAUUCAUACUUUUUCAGUUAUUUAUUCAGGUGUGUCGCAUUUGAGGAAGCCACAAAGAAACAAAAGUUUUGCCAAAUGGAAUGUUCCUGUUUGCUUUUUUUGUGUUGUUGACGUUGCCAAUUUAUUUUCCACUUUGUCGGCUUUGGAUUCCAGCGUCGGCAGGCGAGCGGAAGGAGUAAAGCCAACGCCGCCUACUCUCGAUUGUAUUGAGCCGUGGUCGUCGUUCUCAAAUGUAUCGCGUGCUAACAAAUGGCCUUAACUUGUUCUACAUGGCUCACUCUUCCAUUUGUACAGAAUUCAGAUAUUCUAUUAAAGUUGUGCACCGCUCAA